AUGAUGUCGGCUCCAAUCCGACUACACAACCCAGCGGCGCUGCAAGACCCCACAGCAGCACUGUACGCCCACGUCGCGGCGACCGAACCCGGCAGCCGGAUGAUCUACCUCGCGGGCCAAGUGGGCAGCGACAAGGACGGCAACGUGCCGGACACACUGGUGGAGCAGACGCGACAGGCGCUCGCGAACAUCAAAACGUGCCUGGCCGAGGUCGGCGCGACGGUGCGCAACAUCGUGCACGCCACGACGUAUAUCGUCGACUACGACGCCGAGCGCUCCGCCGCCAUCUGGCCGCUGUACGCCGAAUUCCUGUCCGACGUCGCCGGCACCUACACCCCCCCGGGAACGCUUGUGCCGGUCCCCGCCCUUGCGGCUCCGCAGUUCAAGAUCGAGAUUCAGGUCGUCGCUGCUGUGAGGGCGCCGGCGCCGGCGAAGACGACGGUUGAUGGUGCGGGUGUCCCGGCCGCUGGGGUGGGGAUCACGGAUGUUGAUGUGGUGGUUGUUGGCGCAGGGUUGAGUGGCCUGCAGGCGGCGACUGAUGUCCACAAUGCCGGGCUGAGCUAUGUGGUUCUCGAGGCCAAGGGCCGGGUUGGUGGGAAGACCGAGGUUGUGAAGGUAGGCAACGGCGUGCUUGAUGUCGGCGCCGCCUGGAUCAACGACAAGACCCAGCCACGCAUGUUCGAGCUGUACAGGCGCUUCGGCUUCGAGGCAUUGGUGCAGCGUGUCGAGGGCAAUGCGUUCUUUCGCGACGAUAAUGCCUCCCAGACCAAGGUCGUCCCCUGGCCUGACUUACUGCAGUUGGAUGAAAAGGAGACGGAGACGUUCGGCGCCAUCUGGGCUUCUCUGGACGAGGAUGCCAAGAACAUCAAUCUCUAUGACUCGACGGCCAAUAUCCACAUCGAAGACGUGUCAUUGGGUGAGUAUCUGCGUAAGCACGGUGCCACGGGACGAAUGUUCACGGUGUGGACGUCUUGGUUCCGCGCGCUCACGGGAUGCGAGCCGGAUGAUAUUGGUCUCGUGUACAUACUUGACUAUAUCAAGAGCGGUGGUGGAUUGGACAGUUUGCUCACUGAUGGAGAAGCGGGCGCACAAUACAUGAGGAAUCGGCACGGUAACCAAACAAUAUCGAUCCGGUUGGCCGCAAAUCUAAGACCUAAUUCUGUCUACCUCAACAGCCCAGUAACCCGCAUUACACAAACGGCAGAUGGAGCCUUGGUCGAAACCCUAUCUCGCUCGGUGUUCCGGGCUCGAAAAGUCCUCAUCUCCAUACCAACACCACUGUACAAACAUAUUCGGUUCUCACCUCCGCUGCCACUCGAAAAGCAAGAAAUAAUUGGCGCCACGCAUCUAGGCGCCUAUUCGAAAUGUAUCCUCGUGUACUCCACUCCAUGGUGGCGUGAAGCAGGUGUCAACGGCGGCUUCACAGAUCUCUCAGGACCAGUGGCAUUCUCGCGUGAUGUCUCGUCUGACGAGGACGGACUUUACGCAAUCGGAUGUCUCAUCUUCGGGGAUUAUGCAGUGAAAUGGUCAAGGCUGCCACCAUCACAGCGGGUCAAGGUCGUCAAGGAUCAGCUCGCGAGUAUGAUCUCCGCAGCUGAACAGAGCGAUUUGCGGAGAAAGGUAUAUGAUACCGUGCGUGCAAUCGAGAAACAGUGGCUACCGGAGCCGUGGAGUGAGGGUGCCCCUUGCCCGAUGGUGGCACCUGGUGGGACGUGGGCAAGAUUGGGAAAUGAAUUGAGACGUCCAUUCAAGAAUCUUCAUUUCAUUGGGACGGAAACAGCGUACGAGUGGAAGGGGUAUAUGGAGGGCGCUGUGUUGGCUGGCGAGCGUGGGGCGAAGGAAGUCGUUAAACUGCUCCAGGAUGGCGUGCAACAGUAUUCGGCGAAGCUGUGA